AUGUCGACCGCAGGCCCAACUUCAAUGAAGCUCACCAAGCGCGGUUGGUCGCAACGCGGACAUGCCGACCACGACUGGCUGUACACAUACCACACUUUCUCCUUCGCUUCGUACUAUGACCCCAGACACGAGAGCUUCGGCCCGCUGAGGGUCAUCAACGAAGACAGAGUAAAGGCCGGCACCGGUUUUGGAACGCACAGCCACGCCGAAUUCCUCAUCUUCAGCUACAUCGUCAACGGCGUCCUCGAACACAAAGACAGCAUGGGCAACCUCGAAAACCUCAAGCGCGGCGAAGUCCAAUUCACCUCCGCCGGCACCGGCAUCCGCCACUCGGAAUACAACCGCAACACCGACUCCGAAGUCCACUUCCUCCAGAUCUGGGCCAAGCCCAACAAGCGCGGUCUGAAGCCGCACUACGAAACGAAGAAGUUCACCGACGAGGAGAAAACGGAUAAGCUGGUUAGGAUAAUGGAGUCUACGGACAGGUUGGAGGAGAGUAAAGGUGCUAUUGGGCUGCAGGCUGAUCUUAGCAUGGAUGCGUCGAUUUUGAGCCCGGGCAAAAAGGUUGUUCAUGAGCUUGUUGCUGAGGGGCCGAGGAAGCUGUUUGCUCAUGUUGUUAUGGGUGGACGGUCGCAGCCUAAGCAGGGUGGGGCGCAGAUCAAGAUUGGAGAUCAGGUGUUUGGGGAGGGUGAUGGCGCGUAUAUUGAGGGAGUGAGCGGGCCUGGCAAGAUUGAGAUUGAGAGUGUGGGCGAGAAACCUGCGGAGUUCUUGUUGUUUGAUAUGGGACCUCAGGAUGCGUAG